AUGACUUGCCGGUUGUGUUCCCAAGAUCUCACUAUCGAGCUUGAUGUCGAAGAUUUCGAUGAGGCCACAUCGUCUUCGGUUGGUGUAUCACAAAAAACACCUGAUGAUCUGCUCUUGAAGGCUUGCAACUGUCAUUUUCACUGGCAAUGUCUUCUCGAUGAGUCUGCUUCUGUGGCGAUCGAUUUCAAAUGCCCAUCAUGCCACGCGUCCAUCAUCUCGGGGUCAGCGCCUUCAGUUCGGGUACUCACCAUCUACAUCAAUGAAGGCGGGAUUCAGGACGACCUUGAUAUUCACCCACUGAUUGUCGAAGAAGCUUACUUAUAUGCAAACCCAGCAGCGAGACCAGCUCGAGCAUUCAUGACUAUGUGUGCCGAAGGAGACGUGGCUGGCAUUUUGGAGCUCGUAAAAGCUAUUGAGGAAGAUCGUGACAGUGAAGACAUGUCACCAGCUCAAUUACUUCGCUACCAGGAUCCGCUUGAUGGUGGGAUGACGGGAUUGCAUGUUGCUGUUGAGAAGUCACAGCAAGAAGUCUUUUGGUUGUUACUUUGCUUGGCUUCGAAUAUUCCGAUUGACGCCUUCCCACACGAGGUUGUUCAACUUGCCCAGUCGAUGGGAGCUGCAAGAUAUCCUGGUUCUGAGGGUGACAUUCGUGAGAUCAGAGAUCAGCAGGGCAGAACAGCUGCGGAUAUCACAAGUAGUAUGGGACUGAAUUGGACUGGUUUGCUCUCCUAA